UAAGUUUGAGCGUGUGUUCAACGAUGACAUAAAUAUGAUGAUAAUGUACACACUGUAAGUGGUGGUGGUUGGACCUAACUUAAUUGAUUGACAUGAUUCUGUGACUUAUUGAUGUUAUUGGGCAGCUGAUGAAAAAUCCAAAAGUACGAAUGCAGUAAUGAUAAUAAUAUAAAUACGGUUUAAUUGAAGGAUUGAGAUAUGUAUAGUACUGUACUAAAUAGUACAUAGUAGUUGUAAAAAAAGUCAUCAUGUCCAGUAAAGAAAUUUCGAUCACCGACGCUGCUACUGUGUGGGAACCCCUACUACGUUCCAUCCUGGAAUGGAACCCUGAGCCGGAGGACAAAGAUGCUGUUGUCCGAUUUGUGCCCCCACCCAAACUCUUUGCGGAGCUGAAGAGUCGACUGGAAGUAGGACGACAAAAUGGAUCGCCUCCAGAAUUCGUGCUGGAAACAGUCAAGUUCGUCCUUCGCCACUGCGUCAACACGUCACACCCACUCUGGGUAAAUCAACUUUAUGGGGGCGUACAUCCCCUUGGUCUGGCUGCGUCUUUCCUCGUCGAGAAGAUGAACACGAAUGCUCACACCUUCGAGGCAGCCCCCGUCUUCGUGUUGGCCGAGGGGAUGGUGCUUGGCGAGGCUCGAAAAUUAUUCUACGAAGGGGUUGAGAGAGGGGACGGGAUAUUUGCGCCAGGGGGAUCCUUCGCCAAUAUGUAUGGAUUCAUGGCGGCACGGCAUGUCAAAUUCCCACAAGCAAAGGAGACUGGUUUCUUCGGACUACCACCGCUCGUUCUCUUCACGUCGGAAGAGAGUCACUACUCCGUGUCUAAAGCUGCCGUCUGGAUGGGUCUGGGUUUGGAUAAUGUGGUCAAAGUGCCCACGAAUCGUGAAGGCGAGAUGAGGCCCGAUGCCCUUCAAAUAGCCAUUCAGGAAGUUAAGGCAAGUGGGCGUGUUCCACUCGCAGUCAACGCCACAGCAGGGACAACCGUUUUAGGAGCAUUUGAUCCUCUCAUUCCCAUUUCAAAGGUAUGUGAGGACGAAGGGGUGUGGCUCCAUGUUGACGCUGCGUGGGGAGGUUCUUUCAUAUUCUCUCCUCGCUUGAGAGGCCUUCAUUUGCGUGGAAUAUCGCGAGCAGACUCCAUCGCCUGGAAUGCACACAAAAUGUUGGGGGCUCCUCUUCAGUGCUCCCUAUUUCUAAGUCGCCACGAGGACAUUCUGCGGGGGUGCAAUUCUCUCGGCCCCAGCUCAGCACCAUAUCUCUUUCAGCAGGACAAGUCGUGCUACGAGGUAGCUUGGGAUGGUCUGGGGGAUAAAAGUUUCCAGUGUGGGCGUAAAGCGGACGGGUUCAAACUUUGGUUGAUGUGGGUGGGGUUAGGACUGGAUGGGUUUCAAACUCUGAUUGAAAGUGCAGAGGAUGCAUCACAAUACUUUUAUUCGAAAAUAGCGGAAAGAAAGGAAGAAUUUCUUCCUUAUUUGGAUGGCCCCCAGACCACAAACGUCUUCUUCUGGUAUAUUCCUCCCAGACUGAGAGGUUCCGCUCGGGAUGAAGAAUGGUGGAGCGAAAUUUCCAAGGUGACAGUGGGGCUGAAGGAACGGAUGGUUUUUGAUGGAGGUCGACUCUUGCUGGGCUAUGCACCCCUUCCUUACAAGGGACUCCCCAACGCCUUGCGCCUAGUUUUGCCUGCCUAUCCGCCCAAGAGCACCACCCACAUGGACACCAUUCUCAGACUUAUCACCACUUACGGCGAGGACCUUUAGCUGAUGUUGAUUGAUUAUGAUUAUAUGAAUAGCUCGAGGUUAAUCCAUUUCUCAACUUGGAUGAGUGAAAACCUCGUACGUUAGUAUGUGGGUGCUCAUUCAACUGUAAAUUUGUUAAUUUUAAUUGUUGAGAUUACAAUAAAAUGAUGACGAUGAACAUUCAUUCAACUAUA